GUUUACUUGAGACUCUCACAGAUCAACACAUGGACUUUUCUUAGUUGAUUGACUUGAACAAUUAAUCAACUAAUUAACGAUUAGUCUUGAUCAGAAUGAAUGAAAUGAAUGAGAUGAACGAAAUGAUUGGAGAUUAAUUGUAAACAUGGAACAAUCAACGCAUGAAAAUCGACAAUUGGUUUCUGCUCUUUUGUCCGGAGCAAUCGCUGGAUUGUCUGUUGAUUUGGCUCUAUUUCCAUUGGAUACAAUCAAGACUCGAUUGCAAAGUCAAUUCGGUUUCAUAAACUCUGGUGGAUUGAAACAAUUGUACCGAGGAUUAGGAUCGGCGAUGAUUGUAUCUGCUCCUAAUGCCGCUGCUUUUUUCAGUGUUUAUGAAGCAUCUAAAAGGAUGACGAUUGACCAUCUCAAGGAACCAAUUGUGAGCAACAUGGUCUCAGCUUCACUUGCAGAAACAGCUGCAUGUUUGAUUCGUGUACCAGUGGAGGUAAUCAAACAACGAACCCAAGCAUCGAAAGUCUCCAGUGGAAUUAUAUUGAAAGAAGCUCUUCGAGAGGAGAAGUUGAUUGGUCUUUAUCGAGGUUUUUUGUCGACAAUAUCUCGAGACGUUCCUUUCGCUUUGAUUCAAUUGCCUCUUUGGGAAGAACUGAAAUCAAUUUGGUGCAGAUUAACCGGACAACCAUUAGAAGCUUGGGAAUCGUGUGUUUGUGGUUCGAUAUCCGGACUAACGGCCGCACUGAUUACCAAUCCAAUCGACGUUGCCAAGACUCGUAUCAUGCUCGCAAAGAAGGACAAUAAGUAUGGAAGAGUAAAUUUCUUGUCGGUGAUACGAAUAAUUUGGAAAGAAUCGGGACUGAGAGGAUUAUAUUCUGGUGCUACUCCUCGAAUAACUUUCAUCACCAUUGGUGGAGCAGUUUAUUUGGGGGGAUAUGAUUUCUCUAGGAAGUUGAUUGAUCAUCUGUUGAUUGCGAGUUGAUGGUCAAUAGUCAAACCAAAGUUGUAGUUUCUCUCUUGGUUUACAUGUAUUAUUAGUCAGAAUUGUUUACUUUUCUAUUUCCAUUUCUAUUAUCAUAGUCAUUAGAUCAUUAAACUAUUUACCUAAAAUUGUUACAAUC